AUGUAAAAUUACUUACAGCAAGUUCAAUAAAUGCUAAAAAUACAAAAAUUUCAAAAGAUGUGGAAUUAUUGUUGUUAGUUUUAUGAAUUUGGAAUACUUCAUCCGACUUUAAAUAUUCUGUUAGGAAUUGAAUUUAGUGCACUUGCCACAACACCAUCCAGUUUUAUCUAACUGUUAUUGUCAAAACAUUUUUAUUUGCCCUAAAAUUAUCUAACUCCAACUUAAAAAAAAGAAUUUGAUGAGAUGCUUUAGAAGAGUGAUGAAUUUGAUCAAAGGAAUUUAGGGACAGUUUUAGGAAUGAUUGUGUUAGGAGCAAUAGGAUUUUUUGUUUUUGGAUUUGCUUUAGUAGGUGGAAUUGGAGGAGGUGUAUUAGGAGUUGUAGGAGGUCAUUAAGUAGGAAAGAGAAUUAAGAAGACUUUAUAAAAUAAAUAGGAUGUAAAGGAAAUAGAUAUUUAUGACAUAAAAGUAAGAACUAUUUUAAAAUGGGCAUAUUUACAGAAAAAGUAAUACUGUUAUAAUAUGAAUCUCCAAAGAUUUGUUAUUGAAAAAAUCCUAACUGAAAUUAAGAUAGCUCUACAUUUAAAGUAUUUUUCAACUAACAACUAAACUCAACUUUAGAAUCUAUUGAAAAAGACCUUUUUAUUCCUUAAUCAAGAUUUGUAUUUGUGUUCGAUAGAAUUAAGCUUAUUAUUGUUGGAGGAAUAAUUAAAGAUUUUAAGAUAUUAUAGUUAGUAGGAUUAAAAUGUGUGUCUGAAUCAAGAGGAAAUGAAAUUGCUUAAUCAAUAAAUUAAUUAGAGAAAUCAACUGGAAAUCUCUGUGUUGAAAGCCAUAGACAAUGUAAUAAAACCUGUAGUAACAUUAUUUUCAAAUUAACUACCUAAUUAUAAAUAGCCAUAGAUAAUUAAAAAGGCAAGAGAAUUCCUUUAUUCAAAUGAGAUUGUUCAAUUGUCUAAGUAAUUCCCUGAUCCAUAAAUGAGUAUCUAUUAUAUAAAGAUGCUGAGUUCAUAAUUAAAUUUAAGUGUAAAUACAACAAAUCUCAAAUUAUAUGUUUAACAAUAAAACUUCAGAAAUUUGGAGAAUGUUGGUUAAGAUAUUUAAUGCAUUAUGCAGAAAUAGAAUGCAAAUUAGAAUAGAUUAUAGGAGGAAGAAAUAAAAAUAAAUAUAGAACAAGUUCAAAUUGAAGAAUAAUAGUGUGAUGUCAUCAUUUAAAAUAAUGAAUCUUAAAUUGAACUAGAAAAAAUUGUAGAAUAAAACCCUUAAGAUAUUAAAUUAAAGUUACAUUCUCACCCAAAUAAAAUCUAUUUCACCAAAAUUGAUCCUAAAUGCAACAUAAAUUCAACUCCAUAUCAAUCUUAUGAAGAUAUAAUUAAUAAUCCAGAAAAAGAAAAAUAAUUCUCGAGAUACCCUUAACACUAUUGUUAAUAAUCAAUUAAAAAAUUUGAUUUAUUUUUAAAUUUGAUACAUGAACCUACUGACAAAUGGGAUUUGGCAAUUAACAAUAAGGAUGCAUAAAUUUACAAAACUAUGAAGGAAGGCUCUGACAACGUGUUUAUUAAAGGCUUUUGUAUUAUUAAAAAUACCUCUUUAGAAUUAGCCUUGAGAGUCGUUUACGACAUUAAAUUAAGGAGAGAAUGGGAUAAAUUACUAAGAGAUUUCUAAAUUAUAAAAACUGAAUCUGAAGAUAUUGAUAUAUUGGCAUAUUAUGUUCAACCUCCAAUAAGUCUCGUCACUCCUAGAGAAUGGGUUUAAAGAAGAAUUUUGAGAUACGAUUUUCCAGAAAAAGGGUAGAUCACUUUAAUAUUCUAUUCUAUUGAUUAUCCUUAGCAUCCAGUCAAUAGAAAUAGAAUUAGAGCACACACAGAAAUAUCAUCCAUGAUUUUCGAGGCUUAUGAAUAAAACAAUGUAAAAAUCUCGAUUUGUUCUAACAAUGAUAUUAAAGGAUAUAUUCCAAAAAUGAUCGUUAAUAGAGCAAGUGCUAGUGGACCUAUAGAUUGGUUUAAGAGUUUAUAAGAAGCCUGUAAUAAAUAUAGAUGA